AUGAAGCAUUUUGCCAAAACUAUGGCGUUCGGCAUAAAAGGCGAGCUUAAUAAAAAGGACAAACUACUAACUCCCUACAGCUUAAGAGUUAUAAUGCGCCGAUUUUAUAAUACGUGGGAAAGACAUUACAAUCUGGAGAUACCCUUCAAUGUUAAAAGGUCGGUAGCGCCGUAUAUCCAAAGGCCACUAGCUCAAGAGCUCGGCUUAAAAAACCUCCGCCAGGAUCAGGCCUUCUUAACCAUCGAGAACUAUGUCAUCUUACAAGAGCAGUUGUGGUUUAGGGAUCACUACGACUAUGUGCAUGAAGGGUGCCGUAUAGAUAACGCCAACCUACUAAAUACGCACUGCUUUAGCUCGGCCCGCCUUCAGGAGCUG